UUUCCCGCUACUGCUCUCUUCUCGCGGUUGCCUCUGUUUUUAUACCCACUUGGGCCAUUUUUAUAUAGUUCAAAUUUUGUCCAUUCGCUGCUUUUCUUUUUCCUCAGUCGAGUCGCCGCUGCUGUUUGUACUGUGACUUUUCCUACCAUACCAACACUACUACCACUACACCGCCACCUAACCCAUAACACUUUACCGACAAUAUUUUUCUACUUUUUACUUCCUAAUAUUAUUCAAAAAUUCGAUAGUUUACCGUGAAUUGUUCAGUUUUGCCUCCGUGUAUUCGUUUAUUAAUUUCCUGACAUUCUUCUCUUUUUUUCUGGUUCCCAGCGGGUAAGAAGCGCAGCGCUGAGUUGAAAAGUUGUCACAACUGUUAUAAUUCCAUUAUCUGAAUUAAGCGUUUUUAGCGGCGCAGACAUCAUCACAUUCUAUUUAUAUUACUUAGGCAGACUUUGAUUGAUAACAAACCUUUACCUCUGCUUCAUCAAAAACUCAAAAAAACUGAACUACUUCAACUAUUUUUAGUUAAUAUUACUUCUGGUUAAUAAAAGUUGUGUCAAAUUAUUGAAAUUUGACUUGAAAAUCUCUGGCUUUGUCUAUUCGUUUUACGUCAGCGGAAUUUUCAGAGAAACGUGAAAAUGGGCUGCAGCGGAUCAAAGAGUUCUACUGAGGGGGUGACUGAUCCCGUCAAAACAGAGGAGGGAAAAACGAAUGAAACGCCCGAGGCAGAUGUAGCUCAAAACGGAUCCGCCGCUGGUGCGGCUGACUCGAAACCUGCUGCCACAGAGGCAGAAGCGGCGAAUGAUGAGGCAAAGAAGCCGAGCUCGGAAGAGGACUCAAACAUCAAAGCGAUCGAGGAACAGGGCGACGAUCAGGAGGGGGGCAAGGUCAGUGCACCCUCUGCUAAUGAGCAAACAGCCGGGGGGACAGCAGCGAAGGGGGAGCCAGCUUCUGCUGUCGAACCAGAGGCACCUAUAGUACAAACAGAAUGAACCCAUUCGAACUCAAUUUUUCCUCCCACUCUCCCACGGCCGCUUAUAAAAAGAAUCCCAAUGUGUCUCCCAAACAAUUUUCGACCCAUAACUCAAAUUAAAAAUUCAAACAAUCAUACUGCCCUGUAACUUCCUUUUUGCUACUCGUUUGAAUAAUUCACACAGAAUGUCUCCUUAAGUGUCUUGAGUUCUCUGAAUCCGAUUUUUGAUAAUUUCUCAAAUAUUAUUCCAUUAUUUCAGGGGCGGAUUU